CUCUCAUCUUUGCCCUGUACGUCUGACCUUCAUACUGUGCAAAAGACAUUCUUGGUGACACUACCCAUGGGCAACACCUUCUUCUAAUUACCUUCUACAAGGGGGAUUUCAUCAUCAGGGUUCCUGCUCUGUGUGUGUGUAUAUAUAUAUGUAUCUGCACACACAGAUGCGUGAAUGCGCAUUUAAGCUAAGUGUUCUGGAACCAACCUUGGAACACAGGUUGGCUGUGAAACAGGUCAAGAAACUAUGUCUGCCAUGAAGAUAACAGGCACUUUUGUGCUCCUCACCCUGGCAGUUCUUUGCUUAGCAAAUGCUGCCAAAGAGGAUGCGGUAGACUGCAGUGAAUACAAGAGGUUAGAGAGAGGAAGACCUAUUUAUUGUGAAAAACUCUACCAACCUUUUUGUGGCUCUGAUGGGAAAACAUAUAACAACAAAUGUUCCUUCUGCAAGGCUGUCCUGAGAAGUAGAGGUGCCUUACAUAUGAAGCAAGAAGGUGCAUGCUGAAUGAAUUCUGUGGGACAGAGAAGAAUGCUGAGAACAGCUUUUCACUGCCUUAUCAUGAUUUCUUAAUUUAAUUUCAUUCACCCUGCCUGUCCUAAUGAUGGCAAACAAAGCUCAAAGUAGACUUUUCAGCUGUGCGCUGUCAUUUGUGUUUCCCUCUGAUCCAGAGUGCUGGGAUUGACAGUUCUGUCCUCCAGUUCAGGAUUCUCAUGAGCAUUCCUGUUUCUCUAACAAAUUGGUUUUCACAUGAGCACUUCGUUAUAUGUUUGUCUCCAUAGUGAAAAUUAAACCUUCUUACAUUGCCACUUGAUUUUAGUACAGGCAUUGCCUCAGCUCUCCUCGUCGGUGAAGUGUUUUCACUCAUUUACCCAGAAACUUCUGCACACACUUCUUUUCAAAGGCCUCAGCUUUCCUGGGAAGUGUUUGUACUCUUUCUGUUUUGUAGUUAAAUUUUAAAUUCUCAUUUUUCUUUUAACUUUGUACAAUUCUGAUUCAUUUAUGUUUAGCUUCUUAGUUUGCAUGUUUAUUACAAUAAAUGUAGACUCUUUUUAUUUUUUGUCCGUGGCAACCUUUAUAAAGAAUAAAUAUAUUUUAUCCGUUAUUUAUAAAGGAGAUGUUUCCCAAGUCAGAGAAAAUAAUUAUAGAGCUGAAGCCAGGGACAGUGUUGGCAGAGCUAAAAAAGCCCAAGUACAGAAGACAAAAGUUGUAAUACUAGCAAUAUGCACUAGAUGGCCCCAUGACAUUGGAAUUUACCCUGCAAUCUGGCUUUUUUUUUUUCCCCCUCCAAUGAAACAAAUCCCCAAAUCUGUAAAACAGGAUAAGCCUCAUAGCAGUGUCUCUGUUAAAUCCUGUCAUAUAAAUGUAACCAUUAAUGAUUCUUUUAAUUUCUGAUAAAUUGGCUGCUUUCAGACCUGGAGAAAUUUCUGUUCUGCUGUUACAUCCUUAUCAUUGUUGUUAAACUGGUUUAUGACUUUUACACUUGAAUAGACAGUCAAGGGAACAUAUUUUCCAGAAUUAAAGUUUAUAAGUGACUGACCUUGCUGGGAUUACACCUGAAGAAAAUUUUGGCACUGGAAUGUGGGUAUCACUUAGGUUGAAGUAAGACUCAUACUUCAGAAGAAUGGAAAAUGAGAAAGGAAACUUAUGCUCUUGCCUUUGAAGGCAAGAUACCCAAAAGCCUAGCCAUUCCACUGCUGGCUGAAUAUCACUGUAGUAUCAGGCUGGUU